AUGGAGUCCCAGUCAACCCCCCUGCUACCACUGCUGUCGAAUGUCAUGGAAACCAAAGUCCGACCCAAACGCGAACGACCGGUGACCUUCCCCUCUACAUUCACAGAUGAGAAUCUUUCUCCCAUUGAUUACACUGCUCCUGGGCCUAAAGUUAUCUGUUCAGUCAAAGAUUUGAAAGAGACAACGUGGAAAAGGGACUUGAAAAAAUCGCAUUACUAUGAGGAAGCCUUUUCGCCCCGUGGCUCUCCCAACUGUUUUCAAGGCCGGCUCUUUCAGAACUCCAUGGUUGUUGCCGAGCUCAAAACAAACUGCAAGAUCCAAGAUGAAGAACGGAUGCUCGUCGCUGAUUUGAUUUUUCGCCUGGCUCAAAUCUACCAACGCUCAGAGACAUGCAUUAUGCUUACCGUUCAACAAGACACCGGGGUGUUCUUUGGAAAUACCACUGAGUUGUCUUACUUGCUCAAGAUAUACGCCCUCUCGUCCUUUAUUGCUCCUGUCACCAAUCUCCGCAACACCAACUUAAUCCAGACAGCCAUGCAUGACCUCUUACAUAUCCCCAUGAACCAAGGAAUCAUCGUUUUCAUACCGGUCCCAGAAGAAAAUCUUGCCACAAAUGGACUUACUGCUGGGAGCGAGAUAUCUCGGCUGAUACAGAAUGACCAGGAUGAAAGCCCGAACAUCUUCAAAACUAUCUCCCGGACAAUGUCUCGCCGUCUGAAAAGCAGUAGUGACCAGACUGCGCCCAUCUCGUUGCCAUCGACGGUUGGAACCUCCACUGCUUCCCCAUCAAUGCAGACUGAGAUUCAUCAUUCGCCGAUCGUUGUCGAUGAUACACUGAUGUCCCCCGAAGAGAAAAGACGCGGUAUUCGAAAGCGCAUCUCACUCCGGGGUCUUGUUCCCCGGCGUUUUAUGGAGAAAACGUCUAGCAGGGAUAAAGACGGCCAGGACAGGACGAAAGAGGUAGCUAAGGGGGAUGACUCAAACGGCGACGAGUGCAAGGAGGGAAAGGCUAAAAGCCAGGCUGUGGAGAAGACGCUGGAAUCGUAG